UAAUUGUGUUCUAAAGAUGGAAAAUUUAUUUCAAUUUAGCUGGUGCUUCUGGGAAUUCCAAAUUGGUGACCACAUAGAACCAUUAGAUCCGGAUUUGAUAGCAAGCUUUGUUCAAUAUGGAGUUUUUGGUUCAGGAUUCAAUUAUGAAGCUACUGGUUCCUCCCUUGUUUAUAAUCAAGUUUAUCCAUAUGAAGGCCUCCAAAACUACACUUCUGGAAUCAUACACCACGUUCUUCUAACAGGAUUGGACCCCAACACGCUGUAUGAAUAUCAAUGUGGAGAUCCUUAUAUUCCAGCAAUGAGUUCUGUCCAUUACUUUAGGACGAUGCCUUCCCAAUCUAAUGAUUACCCUAGCAGGAUAGCCGUGGUUGGAGACCUUGGUCUCACUUAUAAUACAAGCACAACAUUCAAUCACUUGAUCAGCAACCAUCCUGAUCUUGUUUUGUUGGUUGGAGGUCUAAGUUAUGCUGACUUCUAUCUUACAAAUGGAACUCAGUCUGACUGUUACUCCUGCUCAUUUCAUGAAACAUAUCAGCCUCGUUGGGAUUACUGGGGAAGGUUUAUGCAGCCUUUGCUGGCUAAUGUUCCAACUAUGGUGAUUGCGGGGGACCAUGAGAUUGAAGAACAGGCUGAGAGUCAGACAUUUGUUGCUUAUAGUUCUCGGUUUGCUGUUCCUUCUGAAGAAAGUGGAUCAUCAUCCACAUUGUAUUAUUCAUUCAAUGCUGGAGGAAUACAUUUUGUGAUCCUUUGUCCUUACAUUUCCUAUGACAAAUCAUCUGAUCAAUACCACUGGCUGGAAUGGGACUUAAGUAAUGUGGACAGAACGGUGACACCAUGGUUGAUUGCUGCUUGGUACCCUCCCUGGUACAGCACCUACAAGUCACAUUACAGAGAAGCAGAGUGCAUGAGAGUGGAAAUGGAAGACCUGCUGUUCUAUUAUGGCGUUGAUAUAGUAUUCAACGGGCAUGUUCAUGCCUACGAGAGGUCAAACCGAGUAUACAACUACACUCUGGAUCCAUGUGGUCCAGUUUAUGUUACUGUUGGUGACGGUGGAAGUCUAGAGAAUCUCGACAUUGAGCAUGCUGAUGAACCUGGUAAUUGUCCAGAUCCUUCAACAACACCAAAUAAUUACAUAGGCGGCUUCUGCGCAUUCAAUUUUACAUCAGGCCCAGCGAAUGGUAAAUUCUGCUGGGAUGAACAGCCUGAUUAUAGUGCAUACAGAGAAAGUAGCUUUGGCCAUGGCAUUCUUCAGGUGGAAAAUGAGACUCAUGCUUUGUGGACCUGGCACCGGAAUCAGGAUAAAUUUAACACUGCUGGUGAUAUAAUUUACAUAGUAAGGGAGCCUGAUAGAUGCCCUGUUUAACCAAAGGUAAUAGGUGCAGUUCCCUUCUUACUCUAAAUCUUUCUGAUAAGAGGUUUCAUGUCACGCCUUUGGAAAGGAAUUGCUUGGUCUAGCGUUUAAAUUGUACAAUAAAAGGAAGAAAAGAGAUUCAUCAGAAAGGAAAUUGCUAGGAUUGCAUUGAAAUGAAUGUGAGACUACAAGAUUGGACCAUGAUAGAGGUCAUUCUAGUGCCAGCUUUCUGCUAAUCAAGCUAUGAAUGACAUUACUAGGAACCAAUUUCAAGCCUGAAUACAACCCUUGCAUUCCAAGAGGCUAAUAUUAAAACUUAAUAAAGGCCAAUGCCUGUUUAGAAAUCUAGAAAGAAGGCUCCAACUUCUAACAAAAAUGCCUCUUCCAUUGCAGCAGGAUUUAAAGGCUUAGCGCAGGUUGCAGAAUAAUUGAGAUCACAACUAAUAGUGCAACCGGGAUUAAUCCUGUGAUAGCUAAAUGCCCUGGUGGAGCUUCAGAAUUGUCUGUUGGUAUUGGCGGGUUUGUUACUGGAUUUAGUCCUGUACUGCCAGUGCCAUCACCAUAGGUUGGUGUUGUCGUUGUUGCUGGGGCAUUUGGGUUGUCUGCAGUUGUUGUUGGCGUGCUAAUCCCUCCUGCUGUGCUGGAAAUUUUAAAACUCAAGCUGUUAGGUAGACCUUCAGCUACAGCAUAAAUAAUUCUGUAACUUGGAGAAAUUUCCCAUCUCUCCAUCCUUAAGAGAUGGGUUCCAAUCCCUUAGUCCCCAUAUCUAAAAAAGAAAAAAAAUUACUUUAU